AAAUUUCCUAUGCCUUUUGUUGCGAUCGUUUUAGAACGUCUUUGAUGUUUAAUUUUGCCGCUUUUUUUAUUAAUGAUAACAAUCAACAGAUAAGUUCAAUGCUUACAAUUUUACAUUAUAUAAGAAAUAUUUUUAUGAAAUAAAUAUUAAAAUAUUGUCCGACUGCAGUCAAUUGAUCGAAUAAUUUUCAUAUUUUAUUUAAUUUUUCCUUUUUUUAAAAAACUUUUGUCGUAUUUUUAAAUACAAAAAAAUAUGUAUUGUGAUAAAGUUAUUGAAUUACUAAAGGAAUUGGAACGUUCUCGUGAAGACACUAUCCCGCCAUACAAUAAUGAUGGAAUCAAUCAAGUGCUUUCUGAGAUGAAAACUUUAGAUGCAGAAAUUAUUGAGUUCUUGCGCAAACAAAAAGAUAAUUUGCCAUUGGAUGCUAUUCGUUUACGACGUGCAGCUAUAGAAAGAAAUAAAAGAUGUUUGAUGACGUACAUAUGGACUAGAUUGCAACGAUUAAAAGCAAUGAGAUGGGAGAUUGGGGCUAUUUUACCCUCAGAUGUUAGACAAAAUCUUUCACAAUCGGAGUUAGAAUGGUUUAAUAAUUAUUGCAAAACUUUAGUCUCGUAUAUGAAGACCAUAGGAUCAGAUACUGGACUCAAUUUAACUCAAGACACUAAGCCUCCUAAGUCACUUUAUACUGAAGUAAGAAGCUUAGUGGAUGCAGGUAAAUUAGAAUUAGAAAGUGGAGAAGUUUUGAUUUUACGAAAAAAUAGUCAGUAUAUGUUAUCAAGAUCGCAAGCUGAGCCACUUAUUCGUCAGGGCAUAUUGGAACAAGUCAGACAAUAAUUGAAUACACAAUAUAUUGGAUUUGUUUGCAUAUUGAUUAUCAUAGUUGUAAAUAAUAAAUGUUAAUUAAAUUCAUAUUGUAAAUGUCAAUAAUAUUUCAGCAAAAAUGUAAACUUUAAAA